UUUUGUCAGAGUGGGGAGUCCGCUAUAAGAAGAUAAAUCACAGUAGAACGACUCAGUUUACGGCUAGACUACCGUCUAUACAGAAUACCACCAGUCACGAGUUGAGUCUUCGGUGCCUAUUUUUUUAAAAACUACGAUUUGCCACGACGUCAUAAAUUUUCGACGCAAAAAGAGAAACGCUACGAAAGGAUAACAUGUCGGUCAAGCUCAGCAGCGUCUUGAUAAGUGAUCCCGUGGAUAAAUCUUGUGGCGCGUUAUUGACAGAACAUGGCAUUCCAGUUACCACGAAACAUAAACUGUCAAAGGAUGAAUUGAUUAAUGAAUUACAGAAUCACGAUGCUCUUAUCGUUCGAUCUGAGACCAAAGUUACGGCGGAUGUUUUUGCCGCUUGUCCAAAUCUUCGCGUAGUUGGACGAGCUGGUACCGGCGUUGACAACAUAGAUCUUCAAGCUGCCACACGUAAAGGAGUAAUUGUAUUAAAUACUCCGGGAGGCAACAGUAUCAGCGCUUGUGAGCUAACAUGCGCUUUGAUCUCUUCGCUUGCACGUAAUGUUGCACAAGCCGCGCAAUCAUUGAAAGAGGGUCGAUGGGAUCGGAAACUUUACUCGGGAUACGAAUUAUCCGGCAAAACUCUUGCGAUCCUCGGAAUGGGUCGCAUAGGUCGCGAGGUAGCCUAUAGAAUGCAGAGCUUCGGCAUGAAUAUUGUAGCAUUUGACCCGAUUUUGAAGCCCGAGGUCGCCGACGAGCUUGGUGUCAGAUUGCUCGAUUUGGAAAAUAUAUGGCCCGUGGCUGACUACAUCACUGUUCAUACGCCGCUAAUACCUCAAACAAAAAAUUUGAUCAACGCGACAACCUUGGCGAAAUGCAAGAAAGGAGUAUACAUCGUUAAUGUCGCACGUGGUGGCAUUGUUGAUGAAGAGGCUCUCUUGAAUUCAUUAAAGCUCGAACAUUGUGGCGGAGCAGCUUUGGACGUCUUUGUGGAAGAGCCACCGAAGAAUCCGGUCACCUUAGAACUCAUUAAACAUCCAAAAGUGGUCGCGACACCUCAUCUUGGUGCUAGUACGGCCGAGGCUCAGCUACGAGUCGCGGAGGAGAUUGCUCAACAAUUUCUGGGCUUGUCCGGCAAAUCGGCGGAAUAUGCUGUCACCGGUAUCGUAAACGCUCCAGUUUUAUCUGCCGCCAUGACGAAUGAGAAUGAACCUUGGAUAGAAUUGUCAAAGAAAUUGGGUCAAUUGGCCGGUCGCUUCCUCAAGGGCAAACUAGACACAAUCAUUCACAGUCAGACUGUAGGGAGUGGUAUGCAAGACAAACAAUUUAUACAUACGGCUGUUCUGGUCGGUAUAUUGACCGGUCAAACGAAAAAUGGCCUAAAUCUAAUUAACGCGCCCACUUUGGCGCAAGAUAUCGGCAUAAGAUUGCAAGAGAGCCACGUUGAGGGCGACAACAAAGCAGUUAUCGUGAAAGUCGAAGAGCAUAUUAUUAAAGGGACAGUGCGUGACAAUCAAUUGCUACUGCUCGCUUUGGACGACGCUGUUUUCGCAAAUGGCAUCGCAUUCAGCGAUUAUAUUUGCUUGUAUCGUGCAAACAGAGUGCAAGAUCUCGCCAAUAUCGUAAAUGUCUUCUCGUCAAAGAGCAUAAACAUUCACAACUUGAAUGCCAACGGAAGCUGGGUAAUUAUUCAAACCGAUCGAGAAAUCUCAGUACAAGUAGACGAGAUCGAAAGCUUUUGAACCGUGACCUUGCAGAAUGCAUACAGAAAUGUAUUAGUGAUGUAUACAGAAAUGUAUUAAUGAUAGACGAUUCUUAAGAAAAGGAAUAUGGUUGAAACGAAUAUGGUUGAAGUUUGAAUUUUUUAAAAAUCUAGUAUUGUCCAAUUAAUAUAAAUCCGUGGAAAGUUUUUAUGCAAUUCUAAAAAA